AUGAGCAUCUCCGUCGACGACCUCGUUGCCUCGCUCAGCUCUAACCACAUCGGCCAGGAGGCCAUGGACAUAGCGGAUCUCCAUGCGCAACUGGCCCAAGCUCUGCGCUCGCCAAGCAUGCAACCUGUGCAGCGGCGUGGAUACGCCCCGUCAAACACUCCGUUAGCCCGAACACCAUCUUCGAGCUUCAGCUGGGAGUCAAGCGAUUUUACUCGCGCCCGGAGCUCUAGUGUGGCGAGCGUAACACAACGUUGGAACACCGAGGAGCGGUUGCCGGACAUCGACGACAUGGACGAGGAUGAGAAAAUGGUAGAAGACAUGCUCUUUUCGUCCCCCACGUCGUCCCACUUUCCCCAGUCCGCCCAAAACCAGCCCUCCUUGCCGUCGGGCCCGUCCGGCGGUGUUUCGCGGAAACCAAGCAUUCCACAUGUCUCCAGCUCUUACGACACUGCACAAUACGCCCAAUACGAUAUGCCGCCGCCGAACAUGUCCCUCUUCGCCACGACGGACCCAUUCUUCAUGGCACAGCUGCAGGCUGCGCAGAACCCGGCGCCCUCGUUCUUCGCCCAGUCGGGGCAUCCCCCGGCGCACUCACCCUUCCUCUUGGCCUCGCAGCUCCAAUCAGCAUAUGGGCAUGCCCAUAAUCACCAUGGCGUUACCUCCGAGAUAGACCCGCACCAUGUGUUCGCGGCGCCACCAGCGACUUUCUCGUGCUGA